CUUCAUUUGACUCGAUUUCGAAAUUUGCUCACGUUUUUUCCUUGCACUUUCUUCAUUUUUGUACUUUCUCCUUUUCUCGUUUUCUCGUUCUUAUAUACCUCCUUCCUCUAAUACAACGGUUGUCACUGCCCGGGCAGCAAUUCUCGUGAAAGCAGUUUGCCUGUUGUUUGAAGUUCCCUUCCCACUUGGCACGACUAACAAAGCGCAUUCCUUCCAAUUCAUUUUUUUCCCACUGGUCAUUCAGUGCACGCUUUCUCUUAAAAAGAGCACCUGGCAAAGGCAUUACUCGUGUAUUCUACUAUGGCGACAAACGGCAAGAGUGGCGCCCGUAACGCGAAAAGGAAGGGCAAGAGCCGCAAGAAUAAGGCGCAGAACAGCAUCACCAACCACAACAACGACGGGUCUCGCAGCCCCACUCGGUCCACAACACAAGCACCAGCAGCCGACACACCGCAGGAACCUGAGGCAGCAGAGCCAGUGGUCCAGCCAGCACCGGUCUCGGCAGCGCGGAGCGCGGGCGGAUCAAUGGCUAGCGGCGGGUCGUCAGGCAAGCAGAACCAGAUGUUCACAAUAGGCACGUUUGAAGAGGACUCUGAGGAUAGCGAUAAUCUGCUGGCCCGGGUCCAGAAAAGCGUGCAUCAUGCGGCACACCCAGACGCGGGCAGCAGCGGAACCGGGCCCAAUGGUGCAGCGCAGGAGACGGAAAUGGAAACAGAAGACGCAGCCAAUGCAGAGGCAGAUCUGGACAGCCACCCUGAAUCCAAAACGUCUUUGCAUAACCGGCAGCUUUUGUCGGCUGCGCCUGCCGAGCCACCUGCAGGAAGGCAGCCUCUGUUUACCAUGGGGUCGAACUCGGAGCUGAGCGACAUUGACAGUGUCGGUAAUGCUGGGCAGCAGAUGGAGCCGGCCGUGCAGCAGGCAGCGGGCGGAGAUGGCGAUGAUGAUGUGUAUGAGAGCAGUGACAAUGGCGAGGAGGCCUUGCCAUCAGAUGAUCAGCGUGGGCGUAGCGCAAGGUCUUAUGACACCAGUGCGGCCAGCAUUAGCACCAGCAUCCCGGGCAGCGACUCGCUGCAGAUUGAAAUCACAGAAGACAGCGGCGAGCUGCAGGGGGACGACACGGUUGUGGCGACGCAGCAGGCGGUGGACAAGGAAGGGGGGGCACUGGCAGCGUCGGCAGAGGACCCAGGCUCGCAGGGCAUUAAGCGCACCAAAGGGCUGCACCUGUGCAAGGCCACCACCAGCCUGUCGCAGCUGUGCCAGCUGUCAGGCAGCAACAGCUACGCGGACCUGGCAUCGGACGGGUCGGGGCCGGCGCUGGUGAUUCGCGACCGGAACACCAGCGCACCGGCAGCACGCCCGCUGCAGGACGUCGCGCAGACCGACGCAAAGUCGCCGGGCGCGGUGUCGCAGAAGGGCAAGGCGCAUCGGCCACCGGUGCUGCACCGCGACGCCAAGCCGCGCAAGAAGGUGGGGGGCAAAAAGACACAUCUGAAGAAAGCCACCAGUGCGGCGGCGAUGCGGUCGCGGCAGCGUCACAGUGCGGGGCCUCGGCGGGAGACGUCGCAUCCGCGCGGGCUGGGAAUGUCGCGGCUGACGCUGGACGAGGGGCCAGCAGACAGCUCGUAUGUCGACUACAGCGGCAGCAGCGACCUGGACACGGGGGAGGUGGAGGUUGUCGACGACGAGCGGCCGCAGAUGCGCACAGUGUCGUCGGAGCCCACGGACGUAGUGCCGCGGGCGCAUUUCGGGGCCCUGGAGCAGCCGCAGGGCAGCGUCAAUUCGUCGACGGCUACACUGGGCGGGGCAUGCCAGGACGCCGACGACACGGCCACGACUGCAAGUACCGGCAGCCAGCACGAGGACCGGGCGGUCCAGCUCCAGGAGGACAGCAGCACAGGCGAUCGCAGCAGCGAGAUUGCCCAGACACAGCCCGUACCAACAGGCGAUCCGCAUGCGAUGCACGCCAGGUCACGCUACCGCGACCCCGAGGCGGGCGAUCGGCGGUUCGACGAGCAGCGCAAGCCGGUCAAUGUGUCGCCACCGACCCCGCCGCAGGCCGACGGGCCACUGCAUCUAGCGGACCGCGGGCGGGCGACCCGGCGGCACUCCGAGACCCGGGGGCGCGAACGGGUCGACUCGUCCGAGUACAGCGCGAACCACACAAUGAGCAUGAGCCGCAACAUGGAGUCGCAGCGGCAGCAGAGCAUGGUGGAGCGCGAGGAGGAGGCGCAGGAGGAGGCCAGCGCGCUGAUGACGGGCGUGCCGCGCCGCAGCAACCGGCCGCUUGGCUCAGCGCCACACGUGUUCCUGAGCCCCAGCUCGCCAGCCUAUGGCCAGCAGAUCCGCCGCACAGACCGCAUCUACGCGUACAUGCGCGAAACCAGCAGUCCGCUGCUGGCCAGCCUGGAGCGCUGCGUCGAUCUGCGCGAGCACCGCGCCGCCAUUUCGCUGGCCAAGUCGCAGACCCGCAGUCUGUCGCGGCCUGACCCGUCGGACGCCGACCAGCGCACUGCAUGGUGGGACUCGCUGCUGCCGCCGCCGCCACCAUCGCCGGCCCAACGUGCCUCGCGAUCGGCGGCGAUCGGCGAGUGCGCCGUGUAUGCGCAGACCGUUGACACCGGCAUGGCCGGUCCCCGUGACCAGGCGGACCCCUGGGAGCUGCGGUUCUCGCGCCAGCAGGAGCAGGCGGCCGUCAAGAACCACACCGCGGCGCCGCCGCCCAAGCUGAUCACCACCACCACCGCGUCGCUGGAGACUUGGCGCGGGCGCCGUGUGCCCGGCCUGCUCAGCGUCGACACCUAUGCCGGGUCCACAGUGCCGGUCGAAGGCACCAAGCCGGUGCUGCGGGCCGCCGACCCCAUGGCUGCGUCGCCCGCCGACCACUCCAAGGCUGGCGCAGUGGCAGCCCCGUACCGCCGAUUCGGCACCGUCUACGGAUACACGCCCGACGCCCACAUGUACAAGGCGCGGCGGCCACACGGCCCCGGCCACGCCAAUGGCACUGGCCACACGACCAACUUUGGCGUGCCCAGCUUGGCCCACGUGCAUACCAGCGCCAUGUCGGUGCGUGGCGACAGCAGCCGGCCCAGCACCGCCGGUCUGUGGGACAGCAAUGUGCGCCGGUCAAGCUACUUUGACCGCCUGUCGGUCGACGAGGCCCGCCCACAGAUGCCUGCGUCGCUGCAGACGUCCACUGCUGGUCUGCUGCGCCGCGUCAUCUCGGGGCUGACUGGCUCGUCAAGCUACGGCGCAACCUAG